GUUGUUUCUAUGCAAGCAUAUUUUAUUCUUAAACUAAAAGCUCUACAGAGAAGACCUAUUGAGAUCAAUUAAAGAAUCUACACACAUGCUAAGAAGCUUACCAGAGAUCACCUCCCAACCCCCAUUUCCACAAAGGCUCUGGCCAGUGUCAGUCCUUCUAACCUUUCCCUGAGUAUGAAGCUCUCAAUGGAGCAGAGGUCCUGCUUGUCUGCUGGAUCAGAAUGAAGGCUCAAGUGUAAACUGAGCCAUAGAGAGACUUUGGUAUGGCUAAGGUCAAAGAGUAAAUUAAUGGCAUGUGAAGGAGAACAAGGGUGGUAGAACCAGGAGGGCAGUGGGGGCCCCCACAAUAGAAAUACUGCUGGAGUUAAUUUAUGUUUCCAGCUCUGCUUCCCCAUCCCCUCUGACUCCACCCCACUCUCCCCAGCUCCACUUACUCCCUCUCCAUUAGCUGAUUGUUUGGAAGUUGAGAGCCAAUCAGGUUAUGGCCAACAUCCCUCCUCUCCAGCAGUGCAUUGGGGCAAGGCAUCUUUCCACACUCUACUAUUCAAGGUGCACUGCUGCUGCUUAUGGUGGAGAGCCCAAGAAUCCUAAAGCUUAUUGCCAUGCUCUAAAUGAUAGCUCUCACACUGCAAACUACUGGCCUUUAUAUUUACUUUUUUUUUUUUAAAUAUGAGUAGCUAAUGUUUCUCACAGUGGAUUCAGAAGUGUAAAUAGACAAAUAAAGUUGUUAUGGUAACAUGAAUAAAUGUGGCUUAGACUUAUUUGCCAUCUGCAAAGUGUCUUGUAAUAAGCAAACAUUUCAGUUUAACAGCUGCCAAGGAUCCUUGUUUGAUGACUUUCAGUGCUUUAAUCAGUAGCACUUUGACUAAGCAUAGUUACUGCUUGCGUGGACAGUGGGUAAAAUGGUAGAAGUAGGAUUAGGUUGGAUCCUGUAUGUACAUGUUUGAAACUUGUUCACACUUGCCUUAAUCAAUAUGUGGUUUGUUGGUUGCACUAAGCGCAUGGGUGGGAGAAUUCCCCCCCCCCCCCCCAUUCAGCUGAGCUAGAGAAACACAUUCAUGACAUUGUAUCUCACGGUCAGAGCUGCCUGUUACUGCAGGGCUUUUUCUGGCUGGCAUUUGUUUUUGAAGAGAAGAAACUCUCUUUGCGUUUAGGCUCAAUAUUUGUAGUCUUCUCUGGCUCGUUGUAGUAUAGAUUUUGCUUUUUUGUUUUUGUCUUUUGUCAUUAAUUGUGAUUAUGAACUUGGCAAGGCAUGUGUUUUGGUAGCUCAGCAAGGUCUCCUAGACUCCUAGCAGUUUUUAAGAGUGUUUUGCAAGAUGAGGAUUUUCAUAGCUUUGGAAGGAUUUUGUGAAUCUUUUGACAUUUCAUCAGACCAAACUGUGCAAGCCGUAAAACUGAUGAUAAAGGAUUAUUUCCACAUUCCACUUUCUGAAGACAAGCAAGGCAGACGAUAUUUGGAGCUGAUCUAUGCAGGAGCAAUACUGAAGGACAACUGGAUCCUUGCUGACAUAGGGAUAUCAGUUUCCUCGACCAUUAAAUGUGUUGUUAAGGAAGAAGACAAGCCAGCCUUCUAUGUAUACAAUGCUGUAACCCAAGAGAAAGUGCCCAUUAAGGGGAGUUUUUAUCUUCUUGCUACAAAAGUGUCCCUUUUGAAAACACUGGUAACCCUGAAAUGUGGCUUUCCAAAUAGUGUUUAUUGUCUCAGGACUCCAGAGGGCAAGGAGAUGUAUGACUGCAACACACUGAACGAUUACCAGUUAGAUAUAGGCACAACACUUCGUCUGGAUGUGUGGGAUGGAUGGAAAGAAUUCCUGAUUGGGUGCCUCUUAGGAAACAAGCAUACAGUCCAGCGCUUCCUGUCUGAUGAAGAACCAGUACUCAAAUAUCAGAAGAGGGUGGCUCUUUACAUGGCAGCAUUUUUUGGGCACCUUGAGCUCGCAGCAUGGAUCCUGAAACAAGGAGUGAGACCCAAUGCGGCAGUGGGUGUUCAUCCCUACCAAGAAUGGUGUCAGGAAACACAUCAUCCAGAUGUAACUAAAUGUCCAGUUCAUGCAGCUGCAGAAGCAGGCCAACUAAUUAUACUGAAGGCCUUUGUCAAUUAUAGUGUGUUCUGCUUAGAGUGCCAAAAUCCAGCAGGGCAAAUUCCUUUGAACAUAUGCAUCAAACACAAACAUAAGGAUUGUGUGCUAUAUUUAGUUACCAAAAUGUGGUCAGUGGUUUCUUAUCCUAAUUUAUCACUUCCCAUGAAGAUCUACAUUAAAUUAAAGCAGUGGCUGCUUAAGGCUCAGAGUCACAUCCUUACCACAAAAUGGCUUAACCAGGCUGCAGUCUUCAGAACACGAGUGGGGGACACUGUUAUCGUGGAUGGCUUCACUAAGACAAAAAUGACUUCCAAAGCCAGGAUCAAGGCAGCAGGCAAUAUGGACUAUAAGUUACCAAACCUAACUGAUCAAACUCCACAUGGGAAAGAGUCAUGUCCCUUGACAGUUACAAAGGGGGAGCAAAAAGUAAUAAAGCUCAAAUUACCUCCGUUGAAAGAUGCAAAUAAGCUCCCUAACAUACACAGACUUCACCAAAAGAAGUAUAUUAGAAAGAAGGCUGCUCAGCGUAGAAAAGAUGAAAGUAUGGACCAAAACAUGUGUUUAGCUAAAGUUCCUUUGCCCCCUAUUUCUAGCCUCAGAAAUUCACGCCCUCCUUUCUACUAUUCAACACCUAAUGCUAAAUUGCUCUUAAAUUCCUCCUCUGAGUGUUUCUCAGAACACAAUGGAAGAACUCCAAGAGAUAAUGCAAUCUACUGCUUAGCUAUUGCCAGUGCAUUUAAAGAGAAACCAUGGCUUCAACAACUGGAAAUUGCAAGAACCCUAGCUAAGAAGAGUAUCUGCAAACCUGUAUACUGAUGAAGGCCUGAUUUCAUAUUGAAUGUUUCCAGGAACCUGUAGUUUGGGAAGAGAGCCUAUGUUUGAAUGCUCUAACAUUAUCAACAAUGUCCUAUUCGACAAGCAUCCUAAAUUCAAUGACAUAGUACGCAGAUAUGGUCAAUGAAGGUAUAUUAACAAUUAAUACAUUACAUGAAGAUAACGUAUAAAUCAUUAAUGGAUGCUCUGGGCUUCAUCUGUUUCAGAUGUUUGAUCUCUUUAGCUCUAAAAAGAAUAAAGAUUAAAUCAUGUGACAAAAAUAAUUCUGAAAAACUGAAUGCAAUGUGUAAGGGAAAAAGAAUGACUCAUUAGAUUAGUGUGAACCAAAGGUUUUCAGCAUUGUAUAGCACCAUGAGAGAAAAAUUAGAUCACCAAGGACUAAGCUUUAAUGUGCUAAGCAAAGCCUGUGAGAAUCUCCUAUUGAACCUCUAGUCAUGCUUGGAGACUUCAUCCUUCAGCACUCCCUAGGAGUUUAAAAACCUUCCACUCCUAUCUCUAAAACAGUUUCAAAAUGACUUUGAUUAAAACCUUUUCUGCAGCUCCUGCUAUCCAGAAGAGCCUGCCCUGUGUCUCUCUACCUCAUUGAAUCUGUCCUUUUUUAAGUCUCCUCUGCAAAUCUAUCUUUUCUCUCUUGCAUCCUUUCUUUCUCUCUUCCAUUGAGAUAUUUAUUUAGGGUCCUCAUUCUGCCAAACCUUACUUAUAUGAGUAAUCCUUACUUGUGCAGUCCCAUUGAACUCAAGGGACUAGUCCUGUGUGCAGUAAAUGUGUGAACAGGAGUGUAUGCAAGGCCUUGUCUAUGUUUGAAAUGCUAAGCAGCACAGCUGCAGUGCUUUAGUGUUGAAAUUCAUUACAAUGACGGGAAGGAUUCUCUCAUUGGCAUUGUUAAUCCACCCCCCCAAGAGCCGAUAACUAGGGCUACAUCGACACACAGCCAGGAUCCACGCUCUGAGAUUGAUCCACCAGCGGUCAAUUUAAGGAGUCUAGUGAAGACCCAUCAAAUUGACAGGGAUCGCUCUCCAGUUAACCCCUGUACUCUACCUGAUGAGAAGAGUAAGGUGGGCCUACGGGAAAGUUUCUCCAGUCGACCCCCCACGGUGUAGACCCCACAUUAAUUUGACCUAAGGUACGUCGACUCCAGCUAUGUUAUUCACGUAGCUGGAGUUGGGUACUGUAGGUUGACUUACUGUGGUAGCGUAGACAUAGCCUAGGUCAACAGAAGAAUUCUUCUGUGAAACCUAGUGCUAUCUACAGUGGGGGUUUGGUUGGCUUAACUACAUCACUCAGGAGUAUGGAUUUUUCAUUCCCCUGAUUUAGGUGGAUUGACUUCACAUUUGAGUGUAGACCUGGCCUAAGAGACUGGUUUUUAUUGUCUGACCCCAGUCAUUUGAUAUGGGAAAGGGUUAAAAAAAGUUAACACCCUUGUCACAUGACAGGGGUGACUAUUCACUGACUUGAUCAGCUAAUGUUACAA